GCGUUGUUUGGCGACCCCCGUGAAAUGGUCGUUUGACUCCAAAUGGGGUCCCGACCCACAGGUUGAGAACCACUGAUCUAGUAGCUUUCUUGGCAACAGUACAGAACUAUAUGUCUUCACCUUUUUCUGGAGUGUUUUUUUAACUCCCCCAUCUAGCCUAAACGCUGGCAUUUCCUGGUGAUCUGUAUUCAAAUACCGGUACUAAAAAUGAUCACUUGUGAAGCAGAAAUAACCACCUUCUGCUUGAUGACUCCAAAUAUGUAGAUGGAGAUACCUGUCAAUAAAAGGAAGAGAUGCUGAGAUAAAGGCCAAAAUGGUAAAAGGAAACAUGGUUGGAACAAGGGAAAUGCUGGAUCUGACCCAAACUUAGCUAUGUUAAGCCAUAUGUGUUGGAGGGAGGAAUGUCAGCAACAUUCAGAUGUAACUUCAUGCCUUUAUAAGGACAUUUACUUAUGACAUUCUGCCUUUCACUUAUGAUCAAGAUAGAUAGAAUAUCAAGCCAGCAACUGUUGUCAAUCUUGUCAUAUGCUUGGGAAAAAACAUGAUACUGAGAAAAUAAUAAUGAUAGUCUGAUAAUUCAACUACUAGCAUCUUGAAGAUGGAUUUUUACUAGAUGAACUAGAGCCCUGUUCUUUAAAGGGAUUGUGCCCUGCUUUAUUAAUAGCUUUUAUACAAACACAAAUAUAGAAGAGUUGAAAUGUAAACAAAAUAAUUAAAUGGACAUCAAAUAUAUUUAAUAAUACAAACUGAGUGUUUACCACAAUUCAGAAGAAGUUUUCUUACUUCUUUUCUUCUCAAAUAGCCUGGAAAUUUGAAUUUAAUUGUGGAGGAAUCUUUAAAAGACACACAUCCCAUCCCAUCUCUUUUUUAAGGCUUAAAAUGAACCUUAAGAAUCUCUUUUGAAUAUCAUGUUUAUAUAAAAUAAUAAUAAAGAGAAAAUCUAAAUAUAUGUAUAAUAUAUUUCCCCUUCAUCAUCAGGAAUUAGAAUGCAAGACUAUCAAUAAUUAUGAGAACUUGUUUUGGAUACUCUCAUUUAAUAAACUGAACAGUAUAUCCUUAAUUAUCUUUAAGCAUAAUAUAUUUAACUGAAUUACUCGUUACUUGAAUAACAGAUUUACUCCCUCUUGUGGAAUAACUGGAUUGUAGCAGAAAUAUUUCAGAACUGACUAAUUUAUAAGAACAUAAAAUCAGGGCUGGGUCAUUUGACUCUUAAACAUCUUGUUUCUAUCAGUAGUCAACCAAACUUGUAGGAGAAAUGUAGGAGAUGGGAAAGCAGCAUCUUUUCCUAUUUUUUGAUUGGUGGUUGCCAUCGUGCAUGAUAUAUGGAGGUAGUAAAAGUUUACAGUGAAGAUCAUACUUGCUGCUCUUUGGAAGUCACAGCAGGGACCACGGCCCGUCAUGUUUGUGAGAUGCUGGUGCAGAAAACCCAUUCUUUGCAUGAUGACUGCUGGUCUUUAGUAGAGGUCUAUCAUCACUUAUCUCUAGAGCGGAUCUUAGAAGAUCAUGAGUCUGUGGUAGAGGUUCAGGCCACAUGGCCUGUGGGAGGUGACAGUCGGUUUGUCUUCAGGAAGAAUUAUGCUAAAUAUGAGUUGUUCAAGAGCUCACCACAAUCAAUAUUUCCUGAAGUUAUGGUCUCUGGAUGUCAGGAUGCAGCUAAUAAAGGCAUGUCCCACCUAGAACUCAUACAGAAUGUUCUAAAUUCAGGAAGUUGCCCUGAAAUCCAAGGGUUCCUGCAUCUGAAAGAAGUUGGGCGCAAAGCCUGGAAAAGAUUUUACUUUUCUCUGCGGCGUUCUGGGCUAUAUUACUCAACAAAAGGCAUGUCAAAAGACCCCCGGCAUUUACAAUAUUGUGUUGACAUAAAUGAAUCAGUCAUCUAUUAUAUAAGCCAAGGCAAAAAACAGUAUAACACACCCACCGAAUAUGGCUUUUGUAUCAAGCCACAUAAGGCACGCAGUGGAAUCAAAGGCCUGAAGCUCUUUUGUUGUGAAGAUGAACAAAGUCGCACAUGCUGGAUGGCUGCCUUUCGUCUCUUUAAGUAUGGCAUACAGCUCUACAGAAACUAUCAGCAAUGUCAGGCACGGCAAAAGGAACCAGCUUGGUUUGGCACUGUGCCCCUGCGGAGUGUGUCUGACAAUACCCUCGUGGCCAUGGACUUUUCGGGUUGUACAGGGCGAGUGAUUGAAAAUCCCAAUGAGGCCCUGACUGUAGCUCUGGAGGAAGCUCGGGCAUGGAGGAAGAAGACAUCUCAGCGAUAUAGCCUGCCCACUGCAUUCCAGAGCUGUCCAUUCAGUGCUGCCAUCCACAAAACUCAACCCUGGUUCCAUGGCCACAUUUCUAGAGAAGAUACCCAGCGUCUUAUUAUUCAACAAGGACUUGUGGAUGGGUUAUUCCUGGUGCGUGAAAGCCAGCGGAAUCCCAAAGGCUUUGUCUUGUCCCUUAGUCAUACGCAAAAAGUAAAGCACUAUCUGAUACUUCCGUGUGAAGAAGAAGGGCGCCUCUACUAUACUAUGGAUGAUGGUCAGACACGUUUUGCUGACUUGAUUCAACUGGUGGAGUUUCACCAAAUCAACCGUGGCAUCCUGCCUUGCAAGCUGAAGCACUACUGCACAUGUGUUGCCUUAUGAUAGACUGUCGUCCACGGGCCAUUCCUGGGCCCUGAAUAUAUAUUGGCUAAGGCUUAUAUAUAGAUCCUUUUGAAAUGCAUACAUCAGGAGCUACUUUAGACUUUCACCUUGCCUUCAGCCACUCCUACAAGAAACCAAGAAAAGAACAGUAUUGGACCUUCCUAUGAGGCUACUCAUCAGUAAGCCUUGAGGGUUUUUUUUCAGAAUCAAAGAAUGAUUUGAGGUCAUAGUAUAGUAAUUUAGUUUGGAAACAGUCACAACAUUGUUGACUGGUGUCUUUUUUUUCAUAUGACAUUUUUUUACCUCCUGAGUGUCCUUCUAUAUAAAUGUUUUUAUACAGACUUUGCUUUGUCACCAUGUUACAGAGAUUUUGCUGCAUUGAUCAUUUAAUCUUUCUAAUGUGAUUGCCAAUUUCUAAUAGUCUGGAUGUUGUCCAGCAUCUAUGGCAGAGUUAUGCAUUGUUUCAAAAUCCUAACUGACUAGAAACAAUAGUAAAAUGUAAGAAUUGAUUCUUAUUGCAAAGAAUUUUUAUCUUAUUAACUCUCUUAGGAACUAUUGUCUGGUUCUACCCCAAAUUCUGUGGGUGCUGUCAUCUUUGUUAGAAAAGGAGCUCUUUUAUUGUUCAAAUCUCUUCUCCUGGUACCUAGUAGCAUAAGUUUAUGAAAGUAAAUGCAACCUGUUCAAAGGAUUGGCUACAAUGUUAUAAGGAUCUAAUAAGAAUCUUUGGGAUUGACCUGAAAGAAUCCACAGUAGGAAGGCUCACAUGAAGCCAAAGACUGCUCUGAAAUUUCUUGUGACUUUUAGCUCUGAGAACAAUGGCUGCCUGGUAGGCAGAAUCAUCUUGGGCUUUGGGAAAUCACAAAACCCAUAAAUUCUUCUAAUUGUGAGUACUAUAGCAGGGCAAAGAUUGAAAGAUUUUUGGUUAAUUUUAGUUAAUGCAACAGAUGAGAAAUCAAGGUUUGAAGAGUUGUUUUUUUUUCCUCCUUGUUUUAAGGGCUUAAAAUAUUGUGAGAACAAGAGGGAAUGAUGCAAGAACGCUGUGACACUCUUAUUUCUGCUACUUUUUGAGGCCAGUAUAUACUGUGAUGUUUUUUUGUUUGUAUCUGUAAAUGCUGAUAAUAAAUCUUAUUUUUAUGAUA